AUGCUAAACCGAAAAAAACAAAAAUCAGAAUCUAAUUGGUGGGAUGGGUAUAAGAGACAUGAGAUAGUUCUUUUUGAUGAAUGGUAUACAUCAAUAGAUUGGAAUGAUAUUGUAAAAUAUUUGAAUGAUACACCUGAGAAUGUUGAGCAAAAAGGCAAGACAUUUGUGCCUUUUCUUGCCAAGUAUGUCUUUAUGACAUCUCACAAACCACCAGAAGAAGCUUUUAAUUUUCGAAGACAUAAUAUAAAUGAAGAGAUGUCAACUCAACGUGAUUGGGGUCAAUUUUAUCAUUGUCUUGAUUAUGUUAUUGAAUUUAAAGGUAUAUGGCAUGAUGAGAUAGAUCUUCGUACUACCGAAUUAAUAUUUCAUAAAGGUUCAGAGAAAGAAUUUUGA